UACUUCUCAGUCGAUGAUCCAAGUGCUACUAUACGCGCAUUGAUGCUUGCAAAAUGCAAGGAUAUCACAGUUCUCAAACAGUACAUUUUUGAUAGGACGUCUGAAGUUAGAAUUGCUGUUCUGGAGGCCUUGAACCAAAUCGCACUUGAUGAAGCAGCGCAGAAUGCUUUGUUGCCAUCUCUCCUGCAUUUAAUUAAUGAUACUUCCGUUAAGGUUAGAUCACUUUUUUGUAGAAUUUUAAAGAAAUUUUCAGAUAUUGACAGCUCCUAUGUUUUAAGGAUGUUUGAUAAAGAAAAGGAGGGUACAUUCAUUUAUGCUGCUGAGGAUGAAUCAUUAGAAAUUAGAACAGAAUUGGUGUCGUUGUUUGAGUGUUUGAUUAGAAAAGAUACCGCUUCUGAAGUAUUUAAGUUUGUCGUUGACAUGCUAAAUGAUGAUUCUCUUGAUCUUAGAAUUAAGUGCAUGAAACUUUUGAGUAAAAUUUCAAAAAAUUUUCGUAUCAAAAAAGAAACGUCUGAUCUUUUCUGGUUGGUACUCUCAACUCGAGAACAGAACGUAAAAAUGAACAAGUACCUUGUCCAGGUUCUCUCAAACAUCUACUUUACUGAUAUUUUAGGUGUUGUGUCGUUCUUCAAAGAGAUUAUUUUUAAAUACUUUGAGAACAGGAGUGUGAUGAGCAUUCUCAAAAAGAUUGUUGGACGGAACAGCAAGCUAUUCCUAAAAAAGAUGUUUGAUGAAAGUAAAGAUGCACUCUGUGCUCCAAUUAGCACGCUAGAUCAUGCAAGCGUCCAAAAGACAUAA